UCUCUCCGUCUCUGGCUUUCUGCCUCCCCUCGCCAUCUCCAUCUCCAUCUCCGCUACACCUGAACGCCGUGUGCUACACGUGUAGAUGGCCGUCGAGGGCGACAAGUACAGAUCUUACCUGGUCGGAGAGGGAGAGAAGGACACCCACUGGAGGCACGGCGCCCCUCCCACCUACGAUCUCGUCAACAAGCUCUUCGAAGAAGGAAGAACCACGGAGUGGCCCAAAGGGUCUCUGGAGGAGACGGUGCAGAACGCCAUAAAGACAUGGGAGAUGGAGCUGUCGCACAAGACGCGGCUGGGGGACUUCAAGUCCAUCAGCCCCGCCAAGUUCAAGUUCUUCGUCAACGGGAGGAAGGGGCUGACGGGGGAGGAGACGCUGGCCCUGGGGAGCUACAACGCCUUGCUCCAGACCUCCCUGCCGCCGGAGUUCCAGUACUACAAGGCCGACGCCGAGACCUUCGAGUCGUCACACGAUGUGUUCCAGAUGGCGUUCCCUCGUGGGUUCGCAUGGGAGGUGCUCCGCGUGUACUCGGGGCCUCCGGCCAUCGCGUUCAAGUACAGGCACUGGGGCUACAUGGAGGGCCCUUACAAAGGUCAUGCUCCCACCGGGGAGCUGGUUGAGUUCACCGGUGUGGCUGUUCUCAAGGUGGACGAACAGUUGAGGGCGGAAGAGGUGGAGAUCUAUUACGACCCCGGCGAGCUGUUCGCAGGCCUUCUCAAGGGAGAGGUGAUCUCUGGUGUUGAUUCUGUGGACACCACAGCUUCGAAGCUUCAACCAUGUCCUUUUCUCAAGGGCGAUCCGUAGAGGAACACCUCGUUGUCUCGACGAUGUGCGUCAUGGUUAUCUGUACUGUGUACUGCUCGAGUAUUAAAUAAGACUGUUCACGUUAAAAUAAAUGGUGAGUCAAUCCGUAUGUAAACAAACAUAUUAUCGUCAAAUGCUUUCUAAUUCUUUG